CCUUGUCAAAAAAUGAAGUAAAAAAAGAUAAGGCUACUCCUUGAAUGUCUUAACCGUCGGAAGGUGUCGUGAACGCCUCUGAAGGUCGCUAAACGCGUAUUUACGGUAAUUCGGACAUGACAUCAAAUAGGGAGUGAGUGUGGGUGUUUUCCGCAUUCCCCAACUGCCUGUCAGUCCCAGGGCCGAGCUCACACUCCGGAGGACGGCUGCCGGGAGCAGCAGCACGCAGGGACACAUCCAUGGGAUAGAAGACGACGGUUCGUGGGAACAUCCGACCAGGAAGCCGAGCAGCCGCACUGGUGCGUACCUUCUGCUUCACGGGCUCUGCUGCUGAGGCUACUUCUACAUUGAUGUCGAUGGUCCAACUUUGGUGUAUGUAGAGUUUGGAGGAACAACUUGAAGUUGACUGUUAAACAGCCAGGAAUGGACUAACCAAGGAGCAGGUGGAUCUAAGCGAAGCAAAUCAACAUGGCAGUCUUCAAGCCUGAAAAUGUGGAGGACUUCUAUGAGAUUGGUGAAGUUUUGGGAAGUGGGCAUUUUGGCCAGGUUCGUCAGGUUCGUGAGCGGGCCACUGGGACUUGUUGGGCGGGCAAGUUCCUGAAGAUCCGGAAGGGCGCAUGCAGCCGCCUGGGCCUGGAGAGGAGCAGCGUAGAGCAAGAGGUGGAGAUCCUCCAGGCUGUUCAACAUCCAAACAUUGUGACUCUCAAAGACGUUUUUGAGAGUCGAGCUGAGGUGGUGCUGAUUCUGGAGCU